AUGACGGAAGUAGCUGCCUCGAUGCUUCGGCUUCAGGAAGAAGAAAGCCUACCAAAGCACUCCAGGCACAAGAGACGAGCUCUUGUUCAUUACGCACCUCUUGUGUCGGAUUCCGAGUUGGAGGAACCUGACCCAGUGUUAAAAUGCCCCAAGAGGCUCUCAAAGGAAUCAGAUCAGCCUGUGUUCAUGGACUCAGAGGUUGAGGGAUAUAGUGAUAGUAAUGAGUCAUUUACAUUUUGCAGAGUUUCUGAUGGAUCAGAAGAAUUCAGUGAAAGUUCUACAGAGAGUGAGGAAGAGAAACAAGAUAUGAACAGACAACAGGAAUCCAAUGCUGACUUACCUUCUGAGUACUGGCAGAUCCAGAAAGUGGUAAAAUACCUGAAGGGUGGCAACCAAACGGCAACUGUUAUUGCAUUGUGUUCAAUGAGGGACUUUAACUUGACUAAUGAGACAUGUCAGUUGGCCAUCCGAGAUGUGGGUGGCCUAGAGGUUCUGAUUAACUUAUUGGAUACAGAAGAAACCAAAUGUAAAGUUGGCUCAUUAAGGAUUCUAAAAGAAAUCAGUAAAAAUCCACAAAUUCGACGUUCCUUGGCAGAACUCGGUGGCUUGCAGAUUAUGGUGAAAAUCCUGGACUCCUCUAAUAAAGAUCUCAAAUGUUUGGCUGCUGAAACAAUUGCCAAUAUAGCCAAGUUCAGGAGAGCAAGACAAACUGUCAGACUUCAUGGUGGAAUUCAACGCCUGGUUGGCCUUUUAGACUGUGUUCCAACUUCAGCUCAUCUAACUGCAGACCAAGAGAAAGAUAUUGAAGUUGCACGUUGUGGUGCUCUGGCACUGUGGAGCUGCAGCAAAAGUAAAAAAAAUAAAGAUGCUAUUCGUAAAGCCGGUGGUAUUCCUCUAUUGGCUUGCCUGUUGAAGUCUCCUUAUGAAAAUAUGCUUAUUCCAGUUGUUGGCACAUUGCAAGAAUGUGCUUCAGAGCCAAGUUACAGGCUAGCCAUUCGUACAGAAAAUAUGGUUAAGAAUCUGGUAAGAAAUCUUAGCAGUGAAAGUGAGGAGCUUCAGAUGCAUUGCGCCCGCGCCAUUUUCAAGUGUGCAGAGGAUGAGGAAACACGUAAUCUUGUAAGAACUCAUUUUGGACUGGGACCUCUAGUCAAGCUUGUCAGCAAGUCUGAUAAUAAGCAAUUAUUAGCAGCAGCCACGGGAGCUGUCUGGAAAUGUGCCAUCAGCAUGGAGAAUGUAGAAAGGAUAAUUGAAUCUCUAGAUGGUGUUCGAUUGUUAUGGUCUUUACUCAAAAAGCCAAAUCCAGACAUUCAAGCAAGUGCAGCUUGGGCGCUUUGUCCUUGUAUUGAAAAUGCAAAGAUUGGUCAGCAACACUGGCAUGGCAGCAAGAACAGGCCGCACGCAGAGUGGUGGAUGUGGCUUCUCCUGGCAAUCAGAGGCGGAGGCAGUGGCAGCAAGCGUUCUCGCCAUAUGGGGCCCCGUGGCAGCAGCAGCGAGUGCGUUCUCCUACUGUUCAGGGCCGGAGGCGGCAGCAGUGAGGUUGUUUUCCUGGCAUUCGGGGCCUGUGACAGCAGCAGUAGCAAAGCUCCUCCAGUGAUCAGGGAUAGCAGCAAUGGAGUCGUCAAAAUGGCAAUGUCAGCAAGGUGA